CGUGGGGAAAGAUAGAGAUAAAGGGGUUGAGAGAGCUAGGAUGAAAGCGAGAGACUUGUUUAAAAGAGGAGUGCAUGUGUGGAGCAUGUUUUCUUCUUGCUACUGCUUUGACAGGAUACACAACUGACAACAACAGAGGAGGACAAACAACCCAUUAUACUUCAUUUAGUACUACGCAUGAUAUCAACAUAAAAACAAGAUCCUACCACGUCUCGUAUCGUCUCGUUCCAUCCCCAGGAUAUACGUCUCCUCUCCUAGGUAUGUUUAAAGUACUGGUGUUAGCAGGGCUGCUAGCGGUUCUCUCCACAGCAGCAGCAGCAGCAGAUGCAGGAGGAAGAGACAGUGGAGCUCUCAAUUCCACCCUGAUAGAGUGGGACCUCCUACUCCCUCCCCUAGGCUUCCAGAGCACCAGCACCCCCCUGGUCCUGGAGCUCAGGGGCUCGCACCCCGACGGAGCCCCAGAAACACAGCUCAACGCUGGGAUGGACCCCGGGGUUCAGCCCCUGGACCCCGCUCACCGGGGAGACGAGGAGCACCGCCACCCUUCCUCCUCCUCUAACUCCUCAGGGCCGGUGCGGGUGCUGUCUCUGGCGCCCCCUAGCUGCCUGAAGGCCACGUCCAUAAAGCAGGUGUUUAAGUACAUCAACACAGGGCUGUCUCUGGUGAUCUUCGUGGUGGGGGUGGUGGGCAACGGGACGCUGCUCCGGAUCAUCUGCCAGAACCGCAGCAUGAGGAACGGGCCCAACGCCCUCAUAGCCAGCCUGGCCCUGGGAGACCUGCUGUACAUAGCCAUAGACCUGCCCAUUAACACAUACAAGCUCCUGGCCAUGCGUUGGCCUUUCUCCGACAGCCUACUGGGUCUGUUCCUGUGUAAGCUGGUCCCCUUUCUGCAGAAAGCUUCAGUCGGAAUCACCGUGCUCAACCUAUGUGUCCUCAGCAUAGACCGGUACCGAGCGGUGGUGUCGUGGUCAAGGGUGCCGGCCUCAGGCGUUCCCAUAGCGACCGUGGUCCAGAUCCUGUUGAUCUGGGCGUCGUCGGCAGCCCUGGCCGUGCCCGAGGCCCUGGGCUUCACCCUGGUCUCCUUCAGCUACAACAACGUCUCCAUGACGACCUGCAUGCUCCGGCCAACCACGCCAUUCCUCAACUUGUACCGGUCGGCUAAGGACUGGUGGUUGUUUGGGUUCUAUUUCUGUGUCCCUCUGCUGUUUUCCGCUGUGUUCUACGGUCUAAUGACCUGUGAGAUGCUACAACACCGCAAGGGAAGCCUCAAACACAUCCUCAGUGAACAGCUCAGACAGAGAAGAGAGGUGGCUAAGGCCGUCUUCUCUCUGGUGGUGAUGUUUGCUCUCUGCUGGCUGCCACUGCAUCUCAGCAAGCUGCUGAAGAACACCGUCUACCAGUCACAUGACGUCAGGCGCUGUGACCAGCUCAAUUUCUUCCUGGUGUUGGACUACUUCAGCAUCAACCUGGCAACCAUCAACUCCUGCAUCAACCCCAUAGUACUGUACUUUGUUUCCAGGAAGUUCAAGAACUGCUUCAAGUCCUGUCUGUGCUGCUGCUGGUAUCCUGUCUCUCUCUCUAACAGUGUCCUCCACCAGGGAACCAGUCUGCCCUACAGAACAUCUGACCCCUGAACCCGGCCUGUCUGCAUCUGUGCGUGUGUGUGUGAGUUUAUGUCUGUCUGUGUGUGUGUGUGUGUGUGUGUGUGUGUGUGUGUGUGUGUGUGUGUGUGUGUGUGUGUGUGUGUGUGUGUGUGUGUGAAUGUGU